CGAGUAUACACACCAGUUUACAUUUUACAGAGCUUACUUCCUCAUUACUGUAAUGUUUAUUACUCAUUACAAUGAAGAUUACUAGUUGUAUAUAUUUUUUGCCAAGAAUUUUAUUAUUUACCAUUAUAACAGAAUUACAUGCUGUAGAUGACCCGUGUUCUGGCAUUGACAGUAAAAUAGUGGUAGAUAUGUGUACAGAUGAGCACGUUGUAGAAGACAGUAAAGACGGAUAUGAUAAAAUUGAUAGUGUAGUUGUACGUGUAAUGGAACAGAAGGCUAACUGUACAUGUCGUGUCAGUUUAAAGAAUAUUAAAGGAAGUCAUAUUGUACAAAUGAGAAAAUACCAAGGACUGAGUAGUUCAGCUCCAUUGACAGAGAACUGUGGACUAGCUAUUGAUGUUGAUUAUCCUGAGGUUAUAGGAUAUGCAAGCAACCGGUAUCCAAUUAAUUGUAUAAGUGGUACUACCAAGCGAGUAAUUGGUCUAGAAAAAAACGGUGUUAUUGAAUUGAAAUCAAGAAUUAUUAGUGGUAAUUUUAGCAGAGGAUACUGUAUGCAGAUAUAUAGAGAUAAUCUGAUGAGUGGUGACCCUGUACAAUUAAACAUACAGUGUGAUGAUCCUGAAAAUACAACAACGAUACCAACAACACAUGCAUCAGCAACGACAAAAUAUAAAAACAAACAAUCAUCUACCGACAAAAUAGCUUCGACAGCAGACACUAAAGGGAAUGCUAAAACGUCCACUGUAACAACGAAAGGAUACAAUAAAGAGGAAGAAAUUGCAUCGACAACAAACACUAACGAUAAUUAUAAAACGUCCACUGUAACAACGAAAGGAUACAACAAAGAGGAAGAGGAUGAUCAUUUAGAACUGUACAUCUAUAUAGGAGUGGGUGCAGGAGGAAUGCUUAUAAUUAUAGUUAUUCUAAUGAUUAUACUUUGUAUAAGGAACAGAUCAAAGAAGAAAACAAAAAAAGAAGAAGAAACUGCGAAUGACAGAAAUGAUCCUGAUUCUGAUAGUGGCGAAUUAAAGGAUAAUAUUCUAUACGUUUCCGCAGAUCAACAAGAUAUUAUUGAAGACGGCAAUUACAAUACUGUAGAUUUAGAAAAGAAACGAAUAGUAAAUGAAAGUACAAGAUCUGGUGUAGAAGAUAGUACAGCUGACGGAAACUACAGUUCAAUAGGAGCUACUGAUAAUAGUCCAGAUACUCGGAACAAACCAAAACCGGCCGUCAACUUUAGUGAAUCGGACAAGCAAAGACAACAAAUAUCUACCUUUGAAAAUAGUAAUAACGAAUAUGCUGUGGUAGAUAAAGGGAGAAAAUCUGACAUUAUUGAACAUGGUUCUCCUUUGUUAAGAAACAGCAGCGAAACAGACAUGGAAAUGUCUGUUUUAGAUAAAACGUAUGCAGUGGUUGAUAAAACAAAUAGGAGAAAAGCUGAUGAAUGAAGACAAAACAAAACGUGCAACAAAAAGUACGAAUUUCCCGAAAAUUACUUUUAAUUGGAGAUUUCGGACAGUACUUCAAAUAAUGCAUGCAACCUGCAGUUCAAAUGCGUUUUCAAACAAGCAUAUGUCAAUAGGUAACCACAUCCGAUAACUGAGAUGAAAUGCCUCUAAACAUGCUUAAUGCUCAAUGCGCUGUGUGUAAUAAAGCCAUGCUGUUUUAAUCUCUACUCUAUAUUUGGUGAACACUAUAUAACAAUAUAAGGAAUUGUUUUGUCAUAUUUUCAGAUAAUUCAACAGGUCAACUAAUUUUUGUGUUUUAAAAUAAAAGACAUGUUCAGUA